UUCUAUGCAGGUUCAGCCGACGCUGAGGGAAAGAAUGCGGCAAGAGCAGGCUUCAGAUGAGUUUAUUCGUGCAAUUGAUGCCAAGGUUCGCGCCGGAGGCAUCGAGGGUUUUCAUCGAGGCACUGAUGGGGCCUUGGAGUUUCGUGGUAGGAUUGUGGUGCCGAAAGUCGAAGCAUUGAGAAAGGGGAUUCUAUCUGAGGCUCAUACCGCACCAUACCUAGCCCAUCCAGGAAGUACAAAGAUGUAUCAUGACCUGAAAAGGUCGUUUUGGUGGCGAAGAUUGAAGAAAGACGUAGCCGACUUUGUAAGAAGAUGUUUAACCUGUCAGCAGGUCAAAACCGAGCAUAAGAGUCCCAUAGGCCUUCUACGACCACUGCCGAUUCCAAGGUGGAAGUGGGAGGAGGUUGCCAUGGAUUUUGUCACGGGAUUACCGAAGUCGUCUGAACAUCGCGAUGCUAUCUGGGUCGUGGUCGACAGAUUGACUAAGGUUGCUCAUUUCUUACCCGUAUCGAUGAGUAUGUCUUUGGAUAGGUUGGCUGAGAUUUAUGUCCGUGGGAUCGUUCGACUCCAUGGAGUACCUGUUACUAUC